AUUGCAUAUUCAUGCGACAUCAUUCCCUACCUAAUGAAUUCCCGGCAUCGUACUAACAAUAAAAAAAAAGUCAAUUCCUAACUUCCAAUUUGUUUUCUCAUUAUCAAAGUUCAAAUCCGUGGUACCAGAUGACAAGGUCCAACCUUCCCUCCAACUUGAUGUUUUAAUUAAUUUUAGUGAAACCAACCUAUUCCCACAUUCAAACAUCUUGUUCAUCACCAUUGUCUUCUUCUUCAUCAUAUAUACCAUAAUUUUUUUUCCCAUUUUGCCUUGUAUGAAAUUUUCAGGAAAAAAAAAAAAAAAUGAUGUUUCCUAGAGUGUUACUGCUUCUUGUUUCAGCCAAUGCUUUCAUUUUUCUGGCAACUAUUCCUUGUGGAAACUCCCUUACUCUUCCUGCAGAUGAAGUGGAGGCUUUGAAGGAGAUUGGGGCAACUUUAGGGAAGAAAGACUGGGAUUUCAGUGUUGAUCCAUGCAGUGGAUCAAGCAACUGGGUUGAUCCAAAAGCCACCAAAGAUAACAUGAACGCGGUUACUUGUGAUUGUUCCUUCGCCAACAACACUGUUUGCCAUGUUGUUAGCAUAGUACUCAAAACCCAGAAUCUUUCCGGAACGCUGCCUCCUGGAUUGACCAAACUCCCCUUCCUACGAGAAAUCGAUUUGACCCGGAACUACCUGAGCGGUAGCAUCCCCAAGGAAUGGGGUUCCAUGAAACUUGCUAACAUUUCCAUACUUGGGAACCGGGUAUCAGGGCCAAUACCUAAAGAAUUGGGAAAUAUCAGCACCUUAGCCAAUCUGACUAUGGAGUACAAUCAAUUGAGUGGACCUAUCCCUCCAGAGCUUGGGAACCUCUCCAGCAUAGAGAAACUCUCUCUAAUUUCGAACAACUUGACUGGGGAGUUGCCACCAGAACUUGCUAAAUUGACUACAAUAAAGGACUUUCGGAUUUCUGAUAACCAGAUUGUGGGGACUGUGCCAGGCUACAUUUCGAGCUGGACACAUCUUGAAAAACUAGUGAUUCAGGGAACAGGUAUGAAUGGGCCAUUACCUCCUGGUUUAGGUUCCUUGGCAAAUUUAAGUGAUCUGAGAAUCAGUGAUUUGAACGGAGACAACAUGAGUUUUCCUUCCCUCGGUGGGGCGAUAAAAUUGAAAACACUUAUCUUAAGGAACUGCAAUAUUUCUGGGACAUUACCAGAAGAUCUUGGCGCUCUUACAUCAUUGAAGAUGUUGGAUCUCAGUUUUAACAAACUAACUGGACAAAUUCCAGAAAGCUAUGCGGCAUUGUCAACCGUGACCAGCAUUUUUCUGACAGGGAACAACCUCUCUGGACCAGUGCCUGAUUGGAUGCUGAGUAGAGGAAAUGAAAUUGAUCUGUCGUACAACAAUUUUUCUGGAAACAAUCUGGACUCGAAUUGUCAACCGAGAAAGACGAACUUGUUUGCAAGCUCUGCUAGGGGAAUCACAUCAGGCAUUGUUUCCUGCUUAAGAAACAGCUUCCACUGUCCAACAAGUGUAUACUCUCUGCAUAUAAACUGCGGUGGAGGCGAAAUGAGGCUUAAAAAUGGUACCCUUUUCGAAGGAGAUAUGAAUUCAGGGGGACCUUCAACAUUCUUCCGGAGUGCGAAUGGAAGUCCCUGGGCAGUUAGCAGCACGGGUGAAUUUUUGGAUAACAACCUCCCGAGUGAUUCAUAUAUCUGGAGUGCUCCAGGCGUAUCUGGGGAUAAUGCAGCAUUAUAUAUGAACGCCCGAAUGUCCCCUCUUUCAUUGACAUAUUAUGCAUUCUGUCUCGGAAAUGGGAACUACACCGUGAACCUUCAUUUUGCAGAAAUAAUGUUCACUGAUGACAGAACAUUUUCUAGUCUUGGGAGGCGGUUCUUUGAUAUUUACAUUCAGGGGAAGCUGGUGAAGAAAGGCUUUAAUAUUGCAGCUGAAGCUGGUGGAAUCAAUAAACCAAUUUUUAGAAGUUUUACUGCUGUUGUUAGUGAUAAUACAUUGGAUAUUCGAUUCUUCUGGGCUGGUAAAGGCACAAAUGCGAUUCCUUUAAGGGGAGUUUAUGGUCCUCUAAUUUCAGCAAUUUCUGUGGAACCUGAUUUUCGACCACCAGGAUCGAAUGGAAAUAGGUUGUCAGCAGGUGGUGUGGCAGGGAUUGUUAUAGCUGUUCUGUUUACCAUUUCCACGGUUCUAGUUAUUAUUUGGUGGAAAGGCUGUUUCCGAAGGAAAGAUUCAUAUGAAAACGAUUUGAAGGGUUUAGACUUGAACACAGGAUCAUUCACUCUCAGACAAAUCAAAGGUGCUACAAAUAAUUUUGAUAUAGCUAACAAAAUUGGAGAGGGUGGUUUCGGAACUGUGUACAAGGUAAUAGCAACAAGGUACGGAACUGUCAUUGCCGUAAAGCAACUGUCUGCCAAAUCCAAUCAAGGGAACCGAGAGUUUCUGAAUGAAAUAGGCAUGAUCUCAGCUUUACAACAUCCUAAUCUGGUGAAGCUUUACGGGUGCUGCAUUGAGGGGAAUCAGUUAAUUCUUAUCUACGAGUACAUGGAGAAUAACAGCCUUGCUCGUGUAUUAUUUGGACCUGAAGAACACCAGUUACAUUUAGAUUGGCCAACAAGACACAAGAUUUCUAUUGGUGUAGCAAGAGGUUUGGCUUAUUUGCACGAAGAAUCUAGGUUGAAGAUAGUCCAUAGAGACAUCAAAGCAACCAAUGUGCUACUUGAUAAAGAUUUAAAUCCCAAGAUAUCUGACUUUGGUCUAGCAAAGCUUGAUGAUGAAGAAAACACCCACAUAAGCACUCGGAUUGCUGGAACCUUUGGAUACAUGGCGCCUGAAUAUGCAAUGAGGGGAUACUUGACAGACAAAGCUGAUGUCUAUAGCUUUGGAGUUGUCCUUUUGGAGCUGGUCAGUGGAAGGAGUAACAAUAGCAUCAAACCAAAGCAGGAUUGUUUCUACCUUCUUGACUGGGCCAAUCUGCUGAACGAGGAAGGUAACUUAAUGGAGCUAAUAGACCUGCGACUAGGAUCAGACUACAACAAAGAGCAGGUUAUGAGGACAUUGCAUAUCGCGCUUCUUUGCACGAAUGUGGUGCCCACAGAGAGACCUAGCAUGUCGUCUGUAGUUAGUAUGUUGGAAGGGCGAGGCGGAGUUGACAUGAUCAGUUCAGCUUCAAAACGAAGUGCCUCAGGUAAACAUAAAAAGCUUAAGUCCCUUGGACUGACAAAGGAGCAGCAACAGCUUGCGAAUCCAGGCGACAGCCAGAUUGAGAUGUCGAUGGACGUGCCAUUCACUGGUUCUUCGACGGCUACAGGAGAUCUAUACCCUGGAGAUCUGUACCCAUUGGUUCCGAAUACUGAGUUUUUACUGGACAGAUCAUGAGAACUAAGGUGGAUCUUCUUGGAUUGUGCAUUUCCAUUAGUCUUAUUCCUUUGGUGGUGUAAAUCAAAUUAACGUUGAACAUAUAUUCCUGUUAUAAGAGACUUUCUAUAUAUCACUAUCAAACUGUAUGUAUCCCAUAAAACAAGUAAGAGAGAGCUUGAUUAUUUAUCAAAAGUGCCAGUUUCUUCUAUUUGGACAGUUCAGUUGAAAUUCCUGAUUGUACUAUGAAGAGCACCUAAAUCAGAAGGCUAAUUUUUAGGCAAAAUUCUAGAUUUGGCCAUAUGUGGCAACUACGUAUGCAUCUAUUUUGGCUCCAAUGCAUUAUAUUUCAGAUUUCAGAAA